AACCGCGCUCCCAGGAUGCAGUUUGUGUCAACACGGCCGCAGCCGCAGCAGCUGGGCGUCCAGGGCCUGGGGCUGGACGGCGGCGGCUGGAGCUGGGCGCAGGCACUUCCCCCGGAGGAGGUGUGCCCGCCGGAGCCGGCGCUGCGCGCGGACAUGGCCGAGGGGAUGCCUCCCAUGCAGGCUCAGGAGUGGGACAUGGACACACGGCGGCCGGUGCCUUUCCAGUUCCCACCGUUCCCAGACCGGGCCCCCGUCUUUCCUGAUCGCAUGAUGCGCGAGCCCCAGUUGCCCACGGCCGAGAUUUCCCUCUGGACUGUGGUGGCUGCCAUCCAAGCUGUGGAGAGGAAGGUGGAUGCCCAAGCCAGCCAGCUGCUAAACCUGGAGGGGCGCACUGGGACGGCCGAGAAGAAGCUGGCCGACUGUGAGAAGACGGCUGUGGAGUUUGGGAACCACAUGGAGAGCAAGUGGGCCGUGCUGGGGACGCUGCUGCAGGAGUACGGGCUGCUGCAGAGGCGGCUGGAGAACAUGGAGAACCUGCUGCGUAACAGAAACUUCUGGGUCCUGCGGCUGCCCCCAGGCAGCAAGGGUGAGGUGCCCAAGGUUCCAGUGACCUUCGUUGACAUUGCUGUCUACUUCUCUGAGGAUGAGUGGAAGAGCCUGGAUGGAUGGCAGAAGGAGCUCUACAACAACCUGGUCAAGGAGAACUACAAAACCCUGAUGUCACUGGAUGCAGAGGACCCAGCACCCAAACCAGAUGCUCCACCCCAGGUCGAGCCAAGGGAAGAGCCGUGUGUGUGGGAGCAGCGUAACCCCGAAGAGAGAGACAUCCCAAUGGAUCCGGACACAGGAGCGGAGCCCCUGAUGCCCACACAGGAUGCGUCCUCUCAGGUAAAGCGUGAAGAAGCCCUGAGUGUCCGGGGACAACGGGGCAUGGAGGAGAGGGAGCUCCCCGCUGAGCCCAUCUCCGACUCGCCGAUCUCUGCCCAGGACCUGCUGUCUCGGAUUAAGCAGGAGGACCACCAGUGUGUAUGGGACCAGCAGGAUUUGGUGGAGAGAGAUAUCGCAACGGACCCCAAUUCAGAGUCUCUGCUUUCAGCACAUGACAUUCUGUCAUGGAUCAAGCAGGAGGAGCAGCCAUUCCCGUGGGGACCUCGCGAUGCAGUGGAGGGAGAGCUCGGGUUAGACUCCAGCACUGGUGACGGCCUGCUGAUAGUGAAGAACCCGCCCCCGGCCCCGCCGCAGCCCCAGCCGCAGCCGCAACAGCCGAGCCUCCCCCCGGCCCCUGUGGCUGAGGGCGCGGGCGGCCCCCCGAGCCGGGGCGCGGGCGGAGGGCUGGAGGGCGGCUUCCCGGCACUGCCCGGGGAGCGGGGCGCCUGCGGGGCGCCCGGGGGUGCGGGGAGCACCGGGGGCGGGCCCGGCGGGCCGCGGGGUGGGCCCGGCGGCUGCGGCGGCUGCUGCCCGGGCCCCGGCGCGCCCCGACGGGCCCUCCCGGCGCACGGAGGCCGCGGCAAGCCCUACGCGUGCCCCGAGUGCGGCAAGAGCUUCGGCGUGCGCAAGAGCCUGGUCAUCCACCACCGCAGCCACACCAAGGAGCGGCCGUUCGCCUGCGCCGAGUGCGAGAAGAGCUUCAACUGCCACUCGGGCCUCAUCCGCCACCAGAUGACGCACCGCGGCGAGCGGCCCUUCCGCUGCGCCGACUGCGACAAGACCUACAGCCGCAAGGAGCACCUGCAGAACCACCAGCGGCUGCACACGGGCGAGCGGCCCUUCCAGUGCGCGCUCUGCGGCAAGAGCUUCAUCCGCAAGCAGAACCUACUGAAGCACCAGCGCAUCCACACGGGCGAGCGGCCCUACCCCUGCGCCGAGUGCGGCAAGCGCUUCCGCUACAAGGAGUCGCUCAAGGACCACCUGCGCGUGCACGGGGGCGGCGCGGGCCCGGGCCUGGGCGCGGCGCGACCUGCGCACGCGCCCCCCGAGCGGGACUAGGCCGGGCCGGGGGGCGGGCUCUGCCGACCUGCCCCCGGGCUCGGCGCCUCGCCCUCCGCACCCCGCCGGGCCCUCCCUCCGCACCCCGCGGGCCGCGAGAUUCCACUCCGGGGGCGGGGCAGACGCCGUGGGAGAGGGCCCGGGAGGAACCCCCAGACGGAGGAGCCCCCAGACACCCUGGGAGAGGGCCCGGGAGGAGCCCCCAGACGGAGGAGCCCCCAGACACCCUGGGAGAGGGCCCGGGAGGAGCCCCCAGACGCCCAGGGAGAGGGCCCCGGAGGAGCCCCCAGACGCCCAGGGAGAGGGCCCCGGAGGAGCCCCCAGACGCCCUGGGAGAGGGCCCCGGAGGAGCCCCCUGGCACCCGUCUGGCCCCGGGGUUGCAGAUUCUGGUCGGCGAGGCCCCCGGGCGUCUGGAACCCUUCCGAGAUGGAGGAAAUAGGUCCUCAGGUUGAGAGGAGUCCUGAAACAGGAAGCUGAGGUGGAGCGGCGGCGGCAGGAGGGCCACGCUGAGGGGAACAUCGUCCUGACGACAACACUGCCUCGCGUUUGAAUAGCGCUUUAUACUUUUUUAAAAAGUGUUUUCUAUGCGUUACCCAUGUCACCUUUAGCCUGUCCCUCUGAGAUAGGCGGGUGGGAUUUUCCUGACAUGGUGUAACUUAGGUGACAUGUCCAACCAAGGCCGCACGACAGGAGGGCCCCUGUCCCUGUGCAGUGCUCACCCACACUGCCUACCUCGGCGUCUGGGACCUCUCAGGCCUGGCUUCUCCUGUCCCUUUCUUCCCGUUCCCCACACCCAACGAAAAAGAGAAGUCAGAAGCAAGAGGGGCCAACCUGCGGGGUUAUGGGGUGGGGGCCCAAAAUGCCCCCAGGGGGGCCUUUGAAAGACUCUUUCUACCAAGUUGCUCUCAGCCGCCUCCCUUCUCCGACCUCCUUUCAUGCACAACAGCGACCUGGGACCUGGACCAGUCGGCAGCCAUGCCCUGGUCAGACCGUGUCCUGAUGGUCAUCUGGGUCUCCCCAGGGCCGCAGGGCUGAGGGAAAGCAGCCAUCCAGGCAAGGGCCUCUGCCCAGGAGAGCCAGGCCAUGGGGUGCUAGAGAAUCGUAGAGCCUGGGUCUCUCCUACCCGAGCCUCCCAUUGGUGCUAUCUGCUCGGGAACAAGGACACAGACCCUAAUAUGCUCCAGAACCCGCAGGCGCUUUGGGAACCGCCCAAAGGACUCCCACGUUGGUGCAUUUGCUCAGCGGCCCCAGCACUGCGUCCUGAGGCCCAGUCUCCAUUUCUGCAUCCUGCAUGGCCAGGCCCCGGGGUGGGGUGGCAUGCCCCAGAACCCCAUUUGUGUCAAGAAUGACUCCCUGCUCCUCCCUGAAGUCCCGCUUCUCUUCCAGCCUGGAGCCCGGUGGGCGGCAGCACUUGGCACCACUCUGAGCGCUCAGCCUCUGCCCCCUGUCCUCGCUGCUGUGCUGCUUUCCUCUGACCCCUUCUUGCCAUGCAAAGGGAAUUCUUGAGAUUCAAUAAAAGGUAUCCAGAUUGCA